AAGUGGCGUGAGUCAGAAAGAAGACAUUUCUUCCACAAGAGGAAUGACAAUAACGAGGGGUUUCUGCAAACUUUAAAUGCUUACAUAGCAAUUAGAAACCAAUUUAAAGUUCACCUGGGGGGGUUAUUUCAAGUUUUGCAAAUAAGUUGCUCACAAAAACAGGAGGCCCGUUUAACACCUACUGUGCACUCGCGAAAUCUUUGAACAGAAUGACUACCACCAUGGAGAAAUCCAAAAACUUUCGCAUUGAUGCGCUAUUGGCGCACGACGUGGAGCAGAGGACGGACAGCGACUGUGCGUCCCCGGGCUUAUAUUACAGCAGGAGCCCAGGAGACAGUCCGGAGUCGAACCGCGGCUCUGAGACGCCCUCCCCUCAGCCAGAUCCAACAAACUUCUUUCCAGCGCAGCCUGAAGUUCUCAACCUAUCCCAGUCCGGAUUUGUUGCUCUGCAGCAAGAAGGUCUCAUCGGAAUUUACCCGGGUUCCAUGUACCCCCUGCCGGCCCUUGGAGGCCACCACCCCGCCUUCAUAUACUCCGGCUUCUCGCAACUGGUCCAUCCGUACCCGGAACAGCUGAAAGGGGCCAACAUGGCAGGAACACCCCCGCUGGAGCACUGGAUCAGAGCUGGGCUGAUGAUACCCAGAUUGGGAGAAUAUGGAGCCCAUUCCCAAGCCGAUUUGUUGAGGAAGUGUCGGAGGCCGAGGACAGCUUUCACCAGUCAGCAGCUGCUGGAAUUAGAAAACCAGUUUAAGCUCAACAAGUACCUGUCAAGGCCUAAACGCUUUGAGGUGGCCACUUCACUCAUGUUAACUGAGACUCAGGUUAAGAUAUGGUUCCAGAACAGACGUAUGAAGUGGAAGAGAAGCCACAAAGCCAAGGAACAAGCAGCUCAAACCACCCCAUGGACUGAUACAGAAAGAAAUGAGAUGGAUAUACACAGUGCCAAAUCUCAGGGUGACUCCCUCUCCUCAAGCCUGGAGGAUGAAAAGGAGCUAGAAGAGGAGGACAAGGAUGAAAAAGAAGAGACAGGGACACUGAGGGCAAGUUCUUUAGGCUGUAUCGACUUCUUAAGGCCUGCUGUCAGAGGAACAGGGAACUCAAGUUCUUACACAGAGGAGGUGCUAGAGGAAGGAAGCUCAAUAACAAGAGGUGGAGUUUUCCCAUAAAGUUGUGCAUGCUUUUAUUUUAUGUUUUUAUGUUUAUUGUUCCUGAAAACACAAUAGACAUUGCAGCCAGGUACACAAAAAUGGUGGCAUGAAGAGGAUCAUUCAUUUAUUGCAGUGCAAUCCACAGUUUCAUAUCUGUAUCUGGAGGUCCUAAAUUAACAAAAGGAGAUGCUGAGAGCUGUCUAUUGGACUGGAUAUAAAAAUGAUUGCAUAAAACCAGGAUGAUGCCAUCUGUAUGUAUCUGGAUAUUUAAUGGUUUAAUGGCCAGUAAUA